CCUAUGCAGGCAAAACAACAACAACGAAGUAGUAGAAAUAGAAAGAAAAAGGGAAUAGAAUUUUUGUACUGAGUUGUGAACACCAAGAGAAUAUACAAAUAAAUGAAAACAAUGUGAAAAGUGUAAAUUAUUAAUGCAUUUUGUAUAUAAAAACGUCGACAUUCGGCUGGUUGUUUAGGUUUACGGAAAAUGAGCGCUAAUGCUCUGGGCGGGGAAGAAAAACAGACGGCACUCUCGAUUACGACGACAACUGUACCACCCGGCCAAGAAGAAUUCAUUGAUGAGUUCGAGGAGUUAUUCGAAUGCAAUGAAGCUGAAAUCAAAAUCGGUGAUAGAGUGACACUUGCCAUAACGAGCAAUACCAAAAGCGUCGGCGGCGGAAAAAAUGCCAAUGAGCGCAAACCAAACGGCGUUAUAUCCACAAAUUGUGAUGAAAAAUCGCGCACCGAGUUGGAUUCCGAAGUAAGUGAGCUACUGGGUUCUGUGAUAAUGCAUAAUUGUACGGGAACGCGUGCCAGUGCACGGGUCAUACAAAAAAUGAAACAAGACCAGACGCGUCCGUUAACACCACCAAAUGAACGCGAUCCACAGCGACGUGAAGACAAGACAAUGCAAAAGACACCAUCGCAAUUGCGCAGCAAUAAACCGACAUGGACGAAUUUAGAACGCAAUCACUUUUUUGAUGCACUGAAUGAAUUUGGUAAGGAUUUCGAUGCACUCGGCAAUUAUAUAAACACAAAACUGAAACGUAGAAGCGCAGCAGAUAGUGCAUUCAAGACGAAAGAACAAGUGCGACAGCACUAUUACCAAACCUAUCAUAAAAUCUGUAAAUACAUCAAAUUCUCUGACGAGGUUAAGAAACCCGCACAGGAGUUAUAUGCGCUUAUCAACUAUGGAGAAAUGCGUAGGAAACUGCAAUUUGUAACCGAUAAGCACUUCAUGAAGUUGCGAAAUCUUGUCUACCACGGGCACAUAAGUGUGCGUUGUAAAGGCAAAAACCUGCGUAUAAAGACACCAUCUUGUAAGGCGUUAAGGAGACUGAAUCAACUUGAUGACUCACUUGAGGACAUUAAAUUGCCAUCGAAAAUCGAAGUGAUCGUUAGUCCCGCCACUAUGGAAGCAUUUGGACGCGUGCAAACUGUUGCACAAAAUCCACGUGUACGCACCACCGUGCCGCUACAUAAGAAAUUGUUCAAUUUUAUCAAAACGUUUCAAAUGAAGUGGCGUAGUGCUGAACAAAAAAUGGCUGAAGAAGAAUUGAAAUUAUUUCCGACCGCUUGUGCGCCUACUCCCUCGUUACAUUCAAGCGACUGUAAUGGUCAGCAAACUGUCGAAAAUAUUGAGCAUCUACCAGCCUUUCAAGAUCCCGAAAUGUGUUUUUUACCAAAACCAGGUGUGCCUAUACAUCGCCCAUUGUUAAGCAUCACAGAGUACCUUGGUAGUGGCAAUAUCUGUUUGACCGCCUACGAGGAACGUAUGGGCGUGAAAGUGCGUGGUGAAACAUUAUCACAAGAUCGAUCUGCGCAUAAGCGACCACGCACUGAAAGUGGUUCGGAAAAACGUUCGCCUGAUUCGAAGAAAAACAAACUGUUCAAUAGUCCACCCUAUGAGAAACUGGAUAGUGAUGGCCCAGCUGGUGAUAUUGUGUACAAAGAUGAACUUGGCGCGCUGUAUGAACAGGACCUACUAAUACCCGGGAAAUGUGAAAGCAGUAGCGAUGAAUUAAGUGAUGAGCUGCAAGAGUUGCUGGGCGUUGAUUUGGAUAGUAGUGUAGUGUUAAAAGAAGGUGCUGAUAACUCCCAAGAGGAGCUGAAAAUGCCAUUAAACACAAGUGAUAUAACAAUAAAUGCAAAUACAACUUUCAACCAGAAUCAAAACACUGCCAAUAAUCAGGCGCGUAUGCGACGUGCUGUCAAUGCGCGCGGACGUGCUAGUGCGUCCAAUUUUAAACCGCUCAUCAGCGAGGCAGUGAUACGGCGCAUACGAAAAGGCUGGACGAUUUCAACGACGGCAGACAUAACUAUCGGUGAUCUUUAUGUUGUGUUGGGACAAGAUUCGAAACUCGAACUCGAUUACUAUUGGACGGACAGACAACAACAACAGCAACAACCAAGUGUGAAUAGUGCUAACAACAGCAAUAUGUUGCUGAAUCCGAGCAAUAUGCAAGUGAAUAGUAGCUGCAAUUUAACCUUCACUGGCGCUGCUUUGGAGUCUAUGACGCAAUCAGAUACAAAAGUUUUUAUGCAAAAACAAAACGGUAUGCCAUAUAAUCCCAGCGAAUGUGAUGACCCCGAUUUGUUGAAGUCGCUCUCCAACGCUGGUGUUGCGAAUAAACUUAAACAUCUGCUGUUGAUUGCGAAUCUGAGUGAGCGUAUGCGCAAGCGACAGUGCUCCUGCGGACACACAUGCGAGCGUAAUGUGGCCAAAACGAGAAUUGAACGCAAUAUUGCCACAAAGACGUAUGUCUCGACAAAAACUUUUUCAACCAACAACAACAACGAGAGCAAUAAUGUCUUUCGGCAGCCUGUUGCACCCAUACGACGGCCACUCUUCAAUAUGGACAGCGUCAAACCAAUGAAUCCCUUAUCACGCCAAAAGCAAUCAAUGCGUCAAACGCUGGUGCAACGUAUGCUAUUGCCUGGUGGCAGUACCGCCAAUCAGUCGUACGAUGUGUUGAAAGCUAAAAAUAUUGAAAACGCACGCGAAAACUCUGCCAACAACUCGGUGCAACCAAACUCAAACAUAGAAUCUCAUACCUCACCUGCGUCAAAUGACUUGUCUCCUUUUAAGACAAUGUCGGAAGUGUCAACCUCAGUGCCGCUACAACAUAAUCCACCUCCAACAAGUAGCAAUUCUUCACCUUUCACUUCAAUUACAAAUAAUCAUCUAGACGAAGUGGCGGAGCUAGACAAUAAUCCUUCAACUUCGGCAGCUUUUAAAAUGGCUGAUGUCACAGCGAACAACACAGAUCUUGUUGGUCGUUUCUUUCAAUCCUCGGCUGUUGACAACACUGACAUAUCGCUCUCAUCGUCAUUUCCCGAUAGCGCUUUCGAUGAGACUACAAAUACAAGCUCACUGAACGGCAUGACACCGACACAUUUACUGCGCGAGUCCACGUCGAAUUCACGUUGGCUGGAAGAGAACAUCAAUGAUUUCUCACUCACAAGUCUGCUGGGACAUUUGGAUGAGAUCAAUGCUACGCGUGAUAUUUUGGAUCCCUCGUCGAGUUUGUCGGUGAUAAGCGAGAGCAGCGUCGAUUAUAUGCAUAAAUUUCAAGAGAUUACUGCCUUAAUGCAAAGCCAGGAUAAGGAUUAAAAGAAAUAUAAAAAAGAAAAAGUUAUAUAAUUUAUUGUGCUGAAAUUAAGUGCUGCCUAGUGGCUGGUUGUUGUACCAUGCCGUUGGCUACCGCAUAAAGAUCUGACCAAACUGUAUACAUGCAUAGAUAUUAGUUAGUUAUAGUAACAACACCAAUAGUUUGUAAGCGAAAAAUUUGCGACAUUUUUGUUUUGUUUUAGUUUUUCACCAUACUUUUGCAUUUUUCAACUUUAAAUUUUCAUUUUUUUUAAU